GUCAACUACGAGCCGAUCGAUAUAUAUCUGGAUAUUAAAAAAGAUUUAAGAAGUACCGACGCCCCCAGACUACCUAUUGAGCUCUUGCCAGUACUUUGAGAUAUCGAUAGAAGCAAGCGAGGCCGAACCGCCCGGAUUCCAGUUUAGCGGUACUCGACACUCAGGCGCACAAGCAAUCAAGAUGCUGCGCAAGCAAUCGAAAGAGGUGGACCUGCUAAUUCUGGGAGCUGGAUGGACUUCGACGUUCUUGAUCCCUCAACUCGAGAGAGGAAAGAUCUCACAUGCUGAAACUACUACGACCGGAAGAGACGGAACGAUACCUUUCAAGUUUGACCCUGAUUCGGGCGAUGCAGACUCCUAUAAGCGCCUCCCCUCCGCUCACACGAUCCUCAUUACAUUCCCCCUGAUUGGCCACUCUCAAUCGAAGAAUCUUGUCGGAUUAUACCGUAGUGUUCACGGUGCGAGCAAUAAUUGGAUUCAGCUCGGUUCCACGGAAAUCUUCAAUCAAUUGCCUCACGAUUGGAGCACAGACAACUCGCCGUACGAUAAAUCUUCCACGCGCGCUAUUGCCGAAGAUGAAUUGCUCGAGCUCGGUGGCUGUGUACUCAAUCUCUGCGGUCUGUACGGCGGCCAACGCGUCCCACGUACCUGGCUACCACGGCUCGGGAAAUCGAAGGACGAUGUGAGGAAGCGUGGGGCUGUCCACUUCGUUCAUGGAGAAGAUGUUGCACGUGCAGUUAUUGCAACGCAUAGCAAGUUUACGCCAAGCAAGCGGUGGAUCAUUGCUGAUCUAAGGGUGUACGAUUGGUACGAUCUCAUUAUGAGCUUCAGCGCGAUGGUCGAUGGCGGAGCAGGUAAUCAACAGGGCCAGGAGCCGAAGCAGGAGUUUUCGAAAUGGGUUGGCGAACUAAUGGAAGAAGAGGGAAUUCGCGCGUUACCACGGGACAUGAGUCUAUUGGGACGGAAGUUGGAUUCGAGAGGAUUCUGGCAGUAUCACGGGGUGUGGCCGAGUCAUCCUCGCCUUGCAUAACUUGGAUAAUGAGUGAGUUUCUAGAUAUGAAUCUGACAUAUGAUUAUCUUCUGCUGCUGCUAUUGGCCUAGAUGUACCCUCUUGUGAGCAGAUUAUGGUUCUAUGGGUAGCGAUUCUACGCAUUUUACAAACAAAAACUCUAACUGCUGGUACGGUAUAGGAUACCUCUUUUUUCAAUAUUGUGUGUUUUGUUUGGAGUUCAUAUUUAAGUAAUUCCUCUUCGUAACAUUCUGCUGCAAUAGCUCAUUCAUCUACUAAGUUCUCUACACGGUCUGCACACGCUUUUCAAGCCUAUUCAGAUUUCUCUCUUCUAUCCUUCUCCAAGAUGCCGAACCCCACAGGUCUACCCUACCUCCAGCCCUCCAGCACUUUUGGCGUCUACAGGGACCCUCAAACAGGACAAGUCGUGCAAGUUUCGGGCCAGCAACCGGAGUACCUUCAGCACCCUCCAUUCAUGGGCA